AUGACUCAAAUCCUGAAACAUGGCGAUGGAUAUCUCUUGAAACCGCUGCAGGCCUCUCCAAAAAAAGAGCGAGAAGAGAAUUUCUACAGAAGGGUCUUCUCGCAAUCUGAUGAUCCUGACUUCCUCACAUUAAGAAAAUUUAUUCCGAACUUCUAUGGUGUGCAUGUGGAACAUGUCAAUGGCCAAGAACAACGAUAUCUGCAACUAGAAGACUUGACUGAGGGCUUUCAUCAGCCAUGCAUAAUGGAUGUGAAAGUUGGAGCGCGCACUUGGGGACCUGAUGCCUCUCAGUGGAAACAGAGCAUAGAGGAG